GCUCCAGCGGUGAAAAUGCACAAACCCUCGAAGCCCUCAAGGCAUCAUACCAAAAGUGGCUCAUGGCGGACGGUAUUUUGUGCGAAGCCGGCCUUCAUGACUUGUUCGAGGCAUGCCUUAUUCUGAACCCGUCCCAUCGACCGCGCCCACAAGACUUGGCGUCGCACUCGAGCCUGUCGCAGCACAAAAUUCAGGAUCUCCAGCUCUGGGCGCUGAGCUCAGCCUUGCAGUCCGAACGUUUGGGCGGUGACAGUGCCUGGGCCGCGCAGACAUCUGCAGCUUUGGCGCUUGACCCUGGAACGGUCGUGCCACCCAUGCGCUAUUUCUCAAGCCUUGGAGUGCGAGUGGAACACCUCUACUACUGGUGGAGUCUGGCUGGUGGAGACCCCUUUUCACUGGUGGCAGCGAAGCUUCUUCUGCGACCAGCGCCUGCCAUCUUGCGGCUGCCGCUUGUGGUCCGCGACGAUGAAUGCAUGGGGACUGUCCACGACUUCCUGUCCGCAGCCGAUGUGCCGCAGCCAACAGUGUCAGGC